AGGAGGCCCAACGUCCCCAAACCUAACGACUUCAUAGCUCUAUUCAAUGAUUGCAUUGCUGUCGCCUCAUCCAGAACUCAAGAAUACCUCCUCUUUAAAGACCCGGAGGACAAGUUCCACCCGAGCACUGAGGUGCUCACUCAGGUCUUUUUAAUGACCUACAUCUCUCAGAGCGUCAACCUCAACAUGACAGACAGCUUCAACUGCACAGCCAUGACGCCCGAGCAGCGCAUCCUCCUGGGAGCUGACUGGGUUUGGGCCGUGCUGGAGAAGCCCACCAAGAACCCUCAGAUCCAGAUUGCCGUGCAGGUCCUACACCUGCCCGACAUGCAGGACGCCGAGGAGAACUUCCCCUCAGAGGCCUGCAGCGACUCCAUCCUGAUUGCCCAGGAGUCCAGCAACAAAAAUAUGUACGAGAGGAUGGUGGAUUUCUGCACCUCCAUCGGCAAGGACUGUUACGCCCUCUUCUUGUUCUUUGGUAAGAAAAACGACAAAGGGAAUAUCUAUGGCGUUCUCAGUAACAACUUUGAGGCAGCCAUCGGGAAGUGCAACAAGAUUGACAGAGCUUUAAUCGAGAACUUCUUCAAAGGCUCGAGGUAUCUCCAUACACCUUCGGGAAUGAUGCAGGCGAUUGUCACCAGGAGAGUGGGAGAGCCUCUCACUCUCAUGAUUAAAUUCAGCUGAACCAAAGGGACUUGUAAUAUUUAAUGGCCAAUGACAUGAUACAGCCACACAGUAAUAACCUUUAUGUGAUAGAAAUGUGGGGGUUAUUAUUGUUAUCUCUUGAGAAAUUACCUUCAGACCUACUAAGUUGAAAAUAGAAGGCUUUUGAGAAAAGAUUCUGGUUAUUUUCAAACUAUCCCAGUUGUUUGAUGGUACAUCUAAGUAUGUCAGUUUUCUGCUGUUUACUUUGACUCCUGUUUUCUGACAGCUUAAUCAACACGUCAUUUAUAAACAAGGCCAAACAUACUGCACUUACAUGCGUCUUUAAAGAGUUGCAAGGUUCCAUCAUACAAUUUGUCCAACAGAGGUGUAACUAUUAAUGUUAAUAAUGGUUGAAUCCCAUUUCUAUGCUUUACUUCAAGGGUCUAGCUAUUGUAAGACUCACUACUACAACUAUUAUUAGUUACACUGCUUUUUCUGCUCUGACAUGUGAAAAAGGUUAUUAGAUGUGAUUAACCGCAAAACCUCGUACCUGUCUUCAGUCUACAGUGUUUCUUCAAAGAGAAAAGGAACCAUACAAACCUUUGUACUGUAAACUAACAUGUGUAAAUGGUAAAAGGUUAAAUGUAUGAGUG